AGUUUCAGCAAAAAAAAAAUUACGUAAAGAUGUGCUCCUGUUUUACAGUGAUUUUUUUAACAAUAAAUUGCAACAAUUAAUUGUUAAUUUAUAAUAAAUCGAUUAAUUAACUCGCUGGCUACCGAUUGAGUGCAAAAUUAUUGCUGGAUGUCACGUAUUGGAUUAAAAAAUUGCUAUUGUUUAAAACGUCCAAAAGCGGCCGAGUCACAAAGGGAUGCCGUGAAAUUUUUUGAUCCAAAAUGGCUGCAGAUUUCCUUGGAUAUGUCAAAAGUUGUCAAACCUGGACAGAUGCCAUGGCAUUAACACCAAAAAUCGUACCAGAUUUUCUUGGAUAUGCCAAAAGUUGUCAAACCUGGACAGAUGCCAUGACAUUUACUCCAAAAAUCGCACCAGGUGCAAAAACAAGGAUGACUAGGAAUUAUUUGGAAAAAUGACAUAACAAGGGCAAAAGUCUUGGCUUUUUAUUGAACAAAAAAAGAUAUCCUUGAAUAUUUUAAAGCGGAAUAAACACCAGUGCAUUUACAAUGCAAAAUGACCACAGAUACAAAAGAAGAAUGCCCAGGAUUUAUUUGGAAAAAUGGUGUCACAAGUAACUAUUGACAAAGCUAUCGGGUUUUUAUUGACACCAGAGAGCAUUGGCAAUCCAAAAUAUCUACAGAUACUAAAAAAGAUGGCUAUAUAUUAUUUGGAUAAUGAGUCUGAAUAAGUGACAGAGAUUUUGGUAAUUCGUUGAACAACAAAUAAUGAAUGUUGUUGUACCCGUUGAGACAACUGAAUUGAGUGGUGUUGUACUGACAGAGAUAAAAUUGAGAUGGGAUUACUUGAAGAGUAAAUUUGCUGUAUCAUCACAAUUAACAAGUAAUGAAAAUGACGAUGAUGAUGAUGAUAAAAGGUACGUUGGUUUUAGUUUCUUCUCCAAAAAAUUCAGCGAAUUUAAUAUGAAUUCAAUUCGUAAAUAAUCAAUAAAACGUAAUUGAGUAUAAUUCAUAUUAAAUGCUGAGGUAACUAAACCACAAAAAAAAAAGAUUACAAGCGUUAUUGAUGAUCAUUCCAAUAACGUUAUGCGUUCAUUGAAAAAAAAGAAAAAAAAGCGAGAAUUAAUUUAAAAUCAAAAUUCUUGCGAUAAAAUAAAAAACCUUGCGUUAUUUACUGAAAUAUCUAAGAUCAUUAUCACUCAGUGUUUUACAUUAGGUCGUUUACCUAAAUGUAUAACUAUAUCUGAGUUGAAAAAAAAUGCGUAAUUAUAUUAAUUAAUAAUUAUAAACUCGUAAAUUUAAAUUAAAAAAAAUCUAAACCAUGAGAAAAAUAAGAAGAAAAGAACUUGAAAAGAUAACAAUGAAAGAAGGAUAAAAUCACUGAAGCCAUGAUCCAGAUGCCACCAAAUACUCCAGGGGGAAGUUUAGAGAAGCGUCAAUCCAAGAUGAAGAUACUGAUGAAGAUGAAGAUGUGAAUAACAACCACAGGGAACUGGAUGAUUAAGUGUGAUGAUGCCAAUAGAUGAAGGUGGAGAUACUGAUGAAGAUGAAGAUGUGAACAACAACCACAGGAAAAUAGAUGAUUAGGUCUGAUGAUGCUAAUACCAGAAGGAAGGAAGUAUUAGCCAAGUGACAUCAACAAGGCAAGGCAGCAAGCAGGUACCAGAAAAAAACACCAGUACUAGAUGUUGAUGACAUGAGGCAGCUUGUUGGUUCAACCCAUCAACCAAACUCAUCUCUGGAUCCAAUGAAGUUCAGCUGAAAUACAUCCACCCACAUAUUACAAUGAAAAUAAAUAAAUAAAAAAAAAAUUUUAUACAAUUUAAAAUUGUUAUUCCUUAUUUUUUGUUUUUUUUUAGUUGAAAGACUAUUGUAUUUUAAUAUUUUCAGGUGAUUUUGUCUUGCAACAUAAUCUGCUUAACAGCAAUAAAUUAAGACGUGAAAAACCAUUUAUUAUGUAUUGUAAAAAAUAAUUUUUUGAUAUUUGUAAUUAUUUUUAACAUCAACGAAAUUCAUUUUGUAAUAUUUUCAAUUGUACUAUUUUGUUCGUUCAUUCGUUUGGGAUUAAUGGUAUAUUCUGGCUGAAGAAUAAUACUUGUCAUCAUCAACAGAACAUCAAGAAUGAAGAUAAUUCGUUCCAGUUAUCGUCCAGUAUUCAAAUUCAAUGGACUAAAACCAUGAUACUACACCUGAACUUACCUGAAUUCACCUGAGCUCUGAGGUACACUCAGAAUGUAGUGCCACGUAGGUUGGAUGAAAAGAAAAAUAGUUUAUUUCAGUGAGGUACAUGUUGAUUUCGUUCAGCAAUCGGAUAGAUAGUGGCCUUUUAUGUUACUCAUAAAGUGGGCUUUUCAAAUAGAAUUUAAUUCAUGCACCAAUACUAAAUACUCUCGUUAGUUACAUAUCAAUCAUAGCAUAUAAUUUAAAAUAUUAAAAAUACAAUCUGCUUCACUACAAGCUUCAGCUUAAUUAAGACAUCACAUAAUGCAAUAUACUAAUUAAUUUUCGAAAAUAAUUAAUGUUUGUCAAUUUAAAAAUGUUUAUUAUAUAUUUUAAUAAUUUUUAUCUUUUUAUUUUACAGAAGAGCUUCCAAUAAUCUAUUAUAUUGGUCCAUAACAUUGAAGUGUAACUGAAGAAAAAUUUGUGGCAUUAAAGUGUUGGUGAACAUUAUAACAAUAAUUGAUAACAUUUGGUUGAAAAAAAAAAUAUUGUGAUAGUGUUAAAAGACAUUUCAAUACGAUAAAUAGGAUAAUUUUUUAAUUAGCAAUGAACAAGUAAACAUUUAUAUUGUGCAGUAUUUAUAAACAAUUAAAUAUUGAUGAACUAUCUGCGUGAAAGUGAUCACGUGAAAUUUUUGAUGUGUUAAAAAUAAUGUGGACUAUUUUUUUAAAAGUAAAAAAAAACAAAAACUUAAUAGAAAUUAGAUUAAUUAAAGUGAAUUUAAAGUGUUUAUAUUAAUGAGAAAAAAGUGUAAAACUAGAUAGUGUUAUUUUGUGAUAUGCUUAAGUGUGUUGAUGCUGAGUUUCACCUGCUAGUUGUCAUGGAUGUGGAUCAAUUGGACGUUGAUACAUCAUAGCUUGCUGCAUCAUAGAUCUUCUACCAAGAGGUCUUCUUAUCUUCUACAUGGGCGUUGGUGUAAUUGAAUCAAAUUGAAUGCUGCUUCAUAGAUUUUCUACUGUCUACCAGAACUUCUAAAUAAGGUAAGAGGCCCUCUGGUCACUUUUUUAACCAAUCCCUCAGGGUUAAAGUGCGUCAACAAGCUUGUAACAUCAAAGAAUUUAUGAUAUAAUUCUUUGAAGUUACUUGAUAAUUCCCAAUAUUUAUAUUUUAUAUAUUUUUGUGACUUGUUAGCUCACCUUGAUCAUUUUUUCCUUUUUUUUUUAUUUUUUUUUUUAAUUAUAAAAUUGAAUGCCAGAAUAAAUGGUUGUAGUUGAUUGAUCAAGGUGUGCACAUCAACCUGUCUAUCUCAAACAGAGUAGACGGGGGUGAAUAGGAUGUAUUUCAGGUAUUUGUGUAAAACAAUUUUGAUUAUUAAGCACCGUUGUAUUUUUUUAUUUCACGAAAAUUGUGUAUUUUACUUCUUUUCAGGUUUAUUAUUUAUUUAUUUAUUAUAGAAUAUUUAGAUUUAAGUAAUUUCUUGUUGACUGCACUUUCCCAAAAUAAUUUACAAUUUGUAAAUUCAUUUUUAAAACCUUUUUUUUUUUUUUAUUAAUUAAAUUUAAUACAUACCUGCAGCUUUGAGCGCAAUUGUGUAUUUUUUUAUACAUGGUUUGAUUAAAAUUUAUAUUUAUCUGCUGCUUUUAGCGCUGAUAAUUAAUUAAUCAAUUUUUUAAUUUUUUUCACGUGUUUAUCAAGUAUUUAAAAAUUUAUUUUGAAUAUUAAAAUGUAUAUAUAUUUUUAUAUUCAUAAUUAUAUUUUUAAAUUAAUUUUGGAUUAUCAACGCUUCAGUAACAAUGACUGCUAGUAAUAAUCGUUUUAUUUAGUGUGUGUAUAUAAAUAAUAAGGCAGUUUAUUUUUCAGUAAGUAGAAUUUUUCGUUUUACUAUUUUACUAUUUAUUUAUUAUUUAUUUUUUUUUUCGUAAUUUUCUUUUUAUUAUUCAAACUUUAAAUUCAGUUCAUAUAAAUGACAUGUAGAUGGCACCUAAUGACAAUUAUUAGCUGUCAAAAAAAAAAAAAAAAAGCAAUGUCAUGUUGUUAUCUUUUGUCUCUUUUUUUUCCUCCUGUCAUUAUUGUUUUUUUUUUUUUCUCUUUCCCCUUUCAAAAAAAAGCCAGCAUCAAAAUAAAUACAAGAUAUUGAAUAUUAUUUUUAUCUUUUUCAACUGAUUAAUUUUUUGUCUACGUGACAAUUUUUUUGUUGAGUUAGGUUUUGUAUAUCGAUGAACGCCGCUAAAAUGGCAUCAUCAAAGAUUGAAAGUAUCAGAAAAGUAUAUCGAGCAAUAUCACAAAAUCCAUCAUUAACAAAUGCAAAAUUACUUCAAGUUACUGAUAAUGAAUUAACAAUUCAAAGUUCAUGGAGUCAAAAAAUACUGGAAGAAGCAUCGACAAAAAAAUACUCAAUAAAUUGGAGUUUAAAAAAAGGCCGUGAUGCUGUUGUUCAAGGUUAUCCCAACAACACUACAUCUGAACUUAUAUCAGAAAUUACUGAAAAUUUAAAACGUACAGCAAUUUUAACAUCAGAACCAUCAAAAGAUAAAGACACCAGUACCAAACAAUUCAUUGAAAUUUAUGAAGAUAAUUAUCUGAUUAAAAAUUAUAAUCUAUCUGCUCUUGAUGUACAUGGAGAUGUUUAUGCAGACGGUCAAUUUGGAUCAUUCAAGUGGUCACCAGAUAAUACAAAAUUACUUUAUAUUGCUGAGAAAAAAAAAGAAAAAUCUGAGCCAUUUUUUAAACAAAAACCAUUGGAUAAUAAAAAUGAAAAUAAAGAAGAACCAAGUAAAGGAAAUGAAUAUAUAUUCAAAGAAGAUUGGGGUGAACAAUUAGUUGGAAAACAUAGACCAGUUGUUGUGGUAUUAGAUACAACAACAGAUACAUUAACUGUUAUGUCAGGAAUUGCUGAUGAUUUAUCACCAGGUCAAGUUAUAUGGACACCAGAAGGUGAUGCUAUUAUUGGAGUUGCUUGGAAACAUGAACCAAGAUAUUUGGGUCUUAUUGCUUGUACAAAUAGAGCAUCAUGGAUUUUCUCGUUGAAAAAUGGUGAAUAUAAAAAAAUAUCUACUGAUGAAUGUGCAGUUAGAUCACCAAGAUUUAGUCCAGAUGGCAAACAUUUAAUAUGGUUAGAACGUGAAGCUGGUGGUCCUCAUAAUAAUGCAAGUAAAUUAAUGCACUUAAAUUGGAAAGGUGAAUCAACAACAUCAACUGUAUUAAUUGACACUGUCAAGACAAAUAUAAAAAUUAAUAAUGGUAAAUUAUUUUAUGGCUUUUAUGCACAAAAUCUUCCAAAUAAUUGCUGGAGUAGUGAUUCAAAAUAUAUAUUUUUUAGCACACAACAACGUGCUAAUAUUAAAUCUUAUUAUUUUGAUAUUGAAAGUCAUGUGUUGACGGAAAUUGUUAAUGAUACAUCAAGUCUAACAAUUGUUGAUAUUAAAUCUAAUGCAAUAUUAUUCAAAAGAACAUCACUCAUUGAACCAUCAAGACUACUACUUGGAUAUUUUGUUCCUGGUACAGAUAAAAUUCCAUUUAUUUCAAUUUCUCGUGAAUUAAAAUUACCACAAUUUGAGGAUAUUAUUUAUGAAACAAAUGAAUAUGUUUAUGAUAAUAAUGAGCCAGUUAAAGAAUUUAAUUAUAUGUAUUUUGGACCAAAAAAUGGAAAAGAUAAAUCUUUACCACUUGUUGUUGCUAUACAUGGUGGACCACAUGGUUCAUAUGCAAAUAUGUUUUUCCUUGAUCCAGCUGUACUUGUAUCACUUGGUUUUGCUGUUAUACAAAUUAAUUAUCGUGGAUCAAUUGGAAUGGGAUCAGAUAAUGUUGAAUAUUUACAAGGAAAAGUUGGACAUACUGAUGUUAUAGAUUGUUACAAUGCUAUUGCUGAUUCAUUUAAAAAAUAUCCAUGGAUUGAUGAUAAAAGAGUUGGAAUAUCUGGUGGUUCUCAUGGUGGAUUUUUAGUUACUCAUUUGAGUGGACAAUAUCCAGAUGCAUUUAAAGCAGUUGUUGCUAGAAAUCCAGUUAUUGAUAUUGCAGCAAUGUUUACUAUCUCAGAUAUACCAGAUUGUAUUGUAUAUUUCAUCAGGUGUGCAGCUGUUAUUGGUGAACAUUAUGAUGAUAUUUAUCCUGGUGAAAAUGCUGAAAAAGCUGGUGAAAUGGUUAUGAAAAUGUACAAAUCAUCACCAAUUGUUCAUGUUCGUAAAGUCAAAGCACCAACUCUCAUGUGCAUUGGUAAAAAUGAUUUACGUGUACCAUGCUCACAGGGUAAACAUUGGUAUCAACGACUUAAAGCAAAUGGAGUCAAAACAAAGAUGCUUGUUUAUGAUGACUGUCAUCCACUGGCUUCAGGACCAGCUGAAAUUGAUCAAAUUAUUAAUUCAGCUCUAUGGAUGAUUGAUCAUGUCAAAAAUAUAGAAUAAUUUUUAUAUUUUUAUAUUUUUUUUUUGUACUGAGAAUUUCAAAAUUAAACAAUCAAAAAUGUAUUUUAAUUUCAGCAUUAAUAAAUACAAAAAAAAUAAAUAAAACCAACAAAC